GGGCCUCGGCAACCGAGACGCAGUCCGGCCACGCAAUGCCCGAGCACCGGACUGCUGUAGCAGCCCGGCAGCGGCGCAAGGCCUAGUCUUCAAUCCCGCUGGCACGCGGUCUUGGACGCCCGGUCCGGCGUUUUGUAGAAGCUGCAGCGUUGUUCCGGUAUCGUCGAAUCGAAAGGCCUGCUGACGCGUGGCAACGAAGACGACGACGCACCAGGCUGCUCCAUCUCUUCAAGUCACAAGUGUGAAAGUGUGUUUCAAGCUGUGAAAUCAGUUAAGUACCAGCUGACCGAUCACCUUCCAUCAAGUUUUGUAUUACCUGCCGAAGACUCGGCAUCGUCUGUCACAAUUGCGCCCAUCUCCAACUCCUCUGACAUCCUGAAAGUUCGCUCGCAGCAGGUAACUAAAACUGUCUUCUUCAGGGAUCGCCUAUUCUGCGACAGGCAUCUACAUCCCGGAAAGCUGGUUCAAUACUCGCAUCGCUUGUGGAUACGUUUACGAAGAUAACCAAAGAAAUUCUUAAGAAGUAGCUUUAAAAAACAAAAAAAGAAAGUCACUCUGGCCUGAGAGAAAGACUGUUAGCGCCUUGGCUUCGUCGGCGGCUCCGCAUCCACAGCUGCCAACCGCGUACAUCGCUCCUCCAGACCCCGCGCACGCGGAUUUCCCAUUCAGUGUCAUCGAAGCGUUGAGGUGGCGGCGAGUGCGCGUUCCGAAAGUGGCCCCUCGUGAGAACUGAUCUGUUUGAGGGUGGCAGAAGGAAGAGACUGCGUUCCACGUUGCGCAGUAUUUGUGCUGCCGAUAUACGUGUUUGAUGCACAGUUUGGUACUAUAGCGACGUCAGUCCAGAACUGCGAUAAGAAGAAUGGUGCAACGAAAAUAUAUCUCGAAGACCAGCUGAUAGCGCUUGUACAUUUCAACGGUCGAUUUCUUGUGCUUCGACAAUUGUGAGUGCAACUCCGCGGGCUGGAAAGGGACUUGUUCCUACUCGUCGCUAAAAACGACACGUCGUAAGAUUAUUCGAUGAGAGACAUGUGAGCGGAGGACGGAAUGGUUCUGCAGAGAACACGUUCCUCUAUCAUGCCUCGUCCUAUGUGGCUGUCGCUACUGCGAGCUCCCUGACGAACGCCAACCACUGCCAAACACCGAGAGCUGUACGAACGGUCUCGUGGAAGUCUGCAAGCCAGCAGUCAUACGUCAAACAAAAGAGGAACUGUUAUCCAUUGUGCUCGGCAUGUGAUACGUGAAGUGCGCUCUGUGCGAGGUUGAUGAAACCACUAGUUUCCGCAUUUCAGUUUUGUGCUUGAAGAUACUGAAGUUCUUGAAUGCCAGUUUGUGUAUCGCAACGACUGUGCAAGUACGUCAACCUAUAGUCUUUUGGUUCAAUUAGGGCAACAAAAUACUCCUUCGCGUUCUCUUGGAGAGAACAGGAUCCCCUCUGAAGCUUUUCUAGUUUUCCAGGACGGCCGUAGUGCAGCAAGACUCCAGGAAAAGUCACGUGCAGCUUUACAGCAGGUUAUAUAUAUAACAGGACUUGGUCAAACACGUUGACAGCUAGUUGCUAAGGGUCGAUUGACACUCGCAAGCCACUGCCAGAAAGCCUUCGCUCGAACAUGAGCCUGGUGGGUGGCUUUCCCCCAGCGGCUGCCGCCGCAUUCGCAGCCCAGGAGCCCCUGUACGGGGCAUACUACGCGGGCGGUCCACCGGGAGCCGAGUACCUGGGUUGGCUCCUCGGGGACCAGGCGACGGCUGGCGACCUGACCGGCAACGGAGGUAUGCCGGCGGCGUGCUCGUACUCGGCCGGCGGCCCAGCGAGGCCGGGCUCGGCGGACGAGCCCUGGGCCUCGCCUCACCCGCCCAGCGCCCCGCCGCCGCCUGCGGGGCGCGGGGUCAAGCGGCGGGUGACCGCCAACCGCAAGGAGCGACGCCGCACGCAGAGCAUCAACAACGCGUUCGCCGAACUGCGCGAGUGCAUACCCAACGUGCCGGCCGACACCAAGCUGUCGAAGAUAAAGACGCUGCGGCUAGCCACAUCGUACAUCGCCUACCUCAUGGACCUGCUGCAGGGACCGCCGGGAGCCGCGCACCAGGCGUGCUUCAAGGCGGACCUGCAGGCGGCUCAUGCAGCACUCACGCUCCACCACCAACAGCAGCAGCAGCAGCAACAACAACUUCCUCCACAACAACAGCAGCAGCAGCUUACGCCACUCAGCUCUCCUGACGAGGUUCGCCGAAAAGAGCUGUCACUCAAGUGGUUUCCCCUACCAGGCGCGGCAUCAAGGCGAACGUGAUUCAGGCCGAGAAGAGGGGCAAAGGCCGGACGGGCUGGCCACAACACGUCUGGGCGCUGGAGCUCAAGCACGACGCCUGAGACCCGUCACCUACGCGUCGGCCGACUCUGCACGCAACUAGCUUUCAGUGCAUGACGGUGCUGCUGCUCCUGCUGCUGCUGUUGCUGCUGGUCCCUGAUACCUAUACUGUCGAGUGACCCACCAUAAGAACUAGUGCCGCUGCAUUGGACCGACAUCUGCAACGAGGCUUCGGAUAUGGUGCAGUGCCGAACGGGACAAAACGUGAUCUGUGAAUGGAAGGCUUUUUUUUUUCUAUCCUUUCUUCUCCCAUCAGAUAAUCGGUGCUGCGCGCUUCCGUAUAGGACUUUCCCUAGCACCUGUCACGUCUGGGUCCGUCGCGAUCGCCAGCUGCACUGCAAACACGCAUAAUUCCCGAAGAAUUUGCAGUAGAGCGGAAUUCGAUUGUUAUAGGCGUGACCUCAGAAGCAUGCACGGCGCUCAACGCCGCAGCUCUGCAGUAAACGUUACAUAGGUUCGAUUUGUUCGCGCGUUACGUAAGUGGUACGAGCUCAAUACAGUUCCGAACCGUCUGGUCAACCGCAAAGUUUGAGACGUUGAAUGCGUAACCGUAAACGCAUACGCAACUACAGUAGAAAAGUAUAACGAUCACGAGUUUGAAGUGAUUGCAAUUCUAAAAGCGAACACGAGCGCCCUGCCUUGCGCCUCUGCGCUACGUCGUGAUAGUUGAUACCAAAGCCAGACCGUUGUGUGUUCCUAUAGCUUUAGUGUCUUUUUUUAUUGUUUUUUGUAUCAUAACUCGCAAAGAGUCAUUCCUUUAACCGGUGCGUGGUACCAUAUGAGCAGAGACUAGAGCUAUGUGUGCCUGCAGAAACCAGUGUCUCGGAAUCCCAGCAACCAGCCAAGUGAAACUCUGCGCUCCGCCUAUACGUAUACUAUACACAGUGGCUGUCGAUAUAGACAUGUGUGGCCGAGUGCGGCGCCAAGCCCCGUACGAGGCAAAAGUCCAGGCCACAAGCGGAGCCGUCACCAAGAGGAAGAGAAACACGCAUUUGCGCGAAGUCGCUCCCGGCGAAGAACUGCACGCGAAAAGAGGUGUUAUAUUUCCCCGCGGUGGGUCAACCCUGCACUGACUCAUAUACUCACGCAUGAAGCCGACUCUCGAAUCGACCACACACACUGCACGGAAAUUUUCGCCACCGAGAUGGGACGCCCAGUGGAACUGUAUACGCCGAGUUCACUCGUGCCGAUGGAACUAAUGUGCACCGACGGCCGCAUGUCUGUGUGUACGUGUACGGAUUUGCGCGGCAGUGACUGUUCCGUUCGUGACAAUGUGUCAUACGCAUUUGAUAAGGAGCGAGCGUUAUGAUGUUAUGCAAGGAGAAUCAUCAAGCAGGCAAAGAUAAGGCAGCAGAAACCUUUGAUAGCUAUUAAAGAAGGCUCUGUUCAACUAAAUGUGUGGCUAGUUCUACGACGCUUCACUUGCCAAACAUCGACACUGCGCGAGUAAGCUUCAAAUAUAUGAUAAUUAAUUUUGUUAACAAAGUGAACAGAUGCCAAACGAAUCUGUAGAUUGGUAAUUAAGCUUAUCUCUUCCCUAUCAGUGUUCAAAACAGUUGGGUACAUGUAAUGCCGCGAUAUCUUUUUCUCUAUUUUUAAAGGCGUUUCCUGUACAUCGACUGACAGGUGAAAAUAAUCGAGGUUAUGUGCAUAUUUAAGAAAAAAUGGGGCUGCUGUUUCCUGCCAUUGAAAAUUAAGACCAGCACUUUGUGUAAGCGCCAUGCGUUUUUGUCAAAUGUAAGACUUGUUCGCCUUCGCGCGAGCCAACGCCUGAUGACAAUACUCAAAUGUCUUUUGUCAAAAGCUAUAGUAUAAGAAAUUGCUUCUCUGCCUUGGCGCUUCAAGUCACACCGCAGUGGUCGAGUUUUCGCUCGCUUGCUGCCGAUGAUGUUGUUGUAUGACAGAAAACUGGAACCGCCCCACCUUUGACGAUUACGUACGCCAAAAAUGGUGAAAGCAUUUCUGUCUUGUAAAUACUUGCAUAGUUCUUGCCUAGCUGAUAAAUUUUGUUGAAAUGAAAACUAAUAUUGGAUUUUAACGUUUCAUUUUUCUUUUCCGUUGGUUUUUACUAAGGUCACAAGAUAUUUACAAAACUUGUUAUCACUUAGCGUACAGAUCAUAUCAGUGCAAUGUUUUCCUUUUUAUUUUUUUCAAUGGGAUUUGUUUCGAAAUAAA